AUGGAUCGCGGUUGGAUAUAUGGUAGACGUGAUACGUUGGAUUUCUUUAAUGGGGUCCAAGAGUUUUGUGAGAGUGCUUCACAAUAUCAGAUCAAAACGGGUGUGAAUGACCUUUAUUGUCCUUGUGUCAACUGUAAUAAUGUGACAAUGGUCGACAGUGUUGAUACAAUAAGGGAUCAUGUGGUAUGUCAUGGGUUUAGGCCUCAAUAUCAUGUGUGGGUUUGGCACGGUGAACAUGGAUCGUAUAGGGAGAAUGUUGUUGGGAAUGAUACUCACGAUAACAAAGCCGAGAUUCGUGCGGAAGAUGAUUAUGGUAGUGAUGGUGGUGGAGAUGGAGAUGGAGAUGAGGAUGGGGAUGAGAUCAAGGACAAUGGUGGUGAUCACUUGGAUGAGAUGAUGCAUAAUGUUGAAGGUGAAUUUGGUGACCGAUGUGAUGUAUUUGAGUGGUUAUCAGAGGCUGCCAAAAAGCCUUUGUAUCCCGGGUCGAAAAAAUACACCAAACUAUCAGCCGUGCUAACACUUUUUAACAUUAAGUCAAAGUAUAACUGGAGUGACACUAGUUUUACUUCUUUGUUGUUUGUGUUAUGUGACAUGUUGCCUGAUGAGAAUGAACUUCCUAAGUCAGUUGGAGGAAUGUCCACGUUGUGGUCAGUCGCGUUACAAGCGAAAGAGCUGCAAUGCUGGCAACCUGAACACGACAUUGAUGUUUUCCUUGAGCCCCUUGUUGAUGAUUUGAGAAAGAUGUGGGACGAAGGAGUUUCUGUUUAUGAUGCCCAUAAGAACGAGAUGUUCCUAAUGCGUGCAUCCCUGAUGUGGACCAUUAAUGAUUUUCCCGCAUAUGGCAACCUGUCCGGGUAUAAGAACAAAGGGCAUAAAUCAUGUCCUGUUUGUAUCGAUGACACACCAAACGUGUACCUUGAACACUACGGCAAAGAUGUGUACGUGAGGACCCGACGAUUGCUUCGGCGCGAUCACCCAUAUCGUAGGCAGAAAAAGGCCUUCAAUGGGAAAGUUGAAGAAGGGGUUGCGCCUAGGCCAUUGAGUGGACAUGAGGUGUAUGGUCGAGUGAAGGGUAUACCAACUUUUUUUGGUAAAACUUCGAAACCUUUAGACCCACAUGCCUUAUUUAAAAAGGAAUCGAUCUUUUGGAAGCUUGAGUACUGGAAAGAACAUGAUAUUAGACAUUGCCUCGAUGUGAUGCAUAUAGAGAAGAAUGUUUGUGAUGUAGUUGUUGGGACAAUAAUGGGUAUUCAUGGCAAGACAAAGAAUGGGAAGAGCGCCCGAUUAGAUUUGGAAGCGUGGGGUGUUCGUCCGGAAUUGUGGGUGCAACCAAAGGAAGGGAAGACAAUGGUAAUGGAAAAGGUAAGGGAAGAUGGUGGCAAUAAACGUAAGGGGGAGCGUAAAGGAAAGGGCAUCGGUGUAUCAAAGAAGAAAGAUGAAAAGGUGUAUUUACCUUCAGCUUGCUACACAUUGUCAAAGGACAAAAAACGAAAGUUAUGUGCUUGUUUGUAUGACAUUAAGGUUCCCUAUGGUUUCUCGUCAAACAUGAAAAGAUUCGUUUCCUUGAAUGGGGAAUUGAAGUUGACUAGUAUGAAAUCGCAUGAUUGUCACAUGAUGAUGCAACAAAGUGCUCGAUCCUUUUACACUUGA